AUGGCCGAGCAAAAGUGCCAGAUCUUGGGACAAGGUUUUUGUGUCCUUUGUCUUGUACUCACUCUACUUUUCGGCAUCAUUGCUGCCAUCAUCGCCCCGCUGAUCGCUUCAAGUUUCAUCGAGGUUGAGGCGAUUCAAAAAAGGCCAGGAACGGCCACCGCUUUUGCCACGUCGCUUGCGCUGCACGACGCGAAACUCCGUCAGCAACAAAAAGAACUCGAGCUGUACGCGCAAUUGUACAAUCCUGGAUUGCUGAAUGGUCAAUUAGGCCCGAUUGGUCCCACCGGAUUGACAAUGCAUGGAGGGCCGACCGUUCACGUGGGAGCACCGCCAAUCAUACACAAUAUACAAUGGCAUCAAGGGAGCCCGGAGAAAGAAUGGUUGAACGCUCAAGAGGCUUCGAAUCCGGCGAUGCCUCCAGUUGGGUGGAGUGAGCGACAGAGUGCAAUUGCUAAUGGAAAAGUGAUCACACAAAAUAGUAUUGUACGUUGGAGGGGGAAUCCCGUUCCCGUGGGAGUCGGAGGAACUCUCAACAAUCCGCAAACGAAAGACGUGAUCCCUUUC